UUGUUAAAUCCAAAAACUAUUAAGUACCCCAGUUAAUGGUGCUCUAAGAAGCUUAUUAAUGUACUACAAGUGCGGCCCAUAAAAGAGAGAUAAAAGCACGAGAGAAAGAGUAGAAGAAGUAGUUGAAAAAGCAAAGUUUCGGAAGUUCCCCAGAGAAAUCGAGUUACUACUAAUGACGACGACGCAAUCAGCAAGUAGGAUCGAGAAAGUGGUCGUUCAUCCACUCGUCUUGCGCAAUAUCGUCGACAAUCACAACCGCAUGAUCGCUAAGGACUCGGGAAAGCGUGUUGUCGGUGUUCUUCUCGGCAGUAGAAGCUCCCGUGGUAUCGUUGGUGUCACCAACAGCUACGCAGUGCCCUUCGAGGAGGAUGGCAAAGACCCAAGUAUCUGGUCUUUUGAUCGCGACCACCAUGAGUACAUGUUGCGCAUGUUCAAGGGCCUUAAUGACAAGGAGGAUGUGGUCGGUUGGUACAGCACAUGCCCCAACCUCAGAGAAAAUGAUUUGGCUGUUCACGCUUCUAUCUUUAGGAGCUGCAGCUAUGUUCUCAAUCCAGUUGUGUUGGUCACUAUUGACGUCCAGCCUCAUCAACUUGGAACUCCCACAAAAGCUUACUAUGCAGUGAAGGAAGCCUUCGUCCCUGUGUCUACAGAAAUUGCUCCUCCUGAAGUCGAGGAGAUCGGCCGGAGUAUCCUGGUGACUGAGAUGACUCCGGGUGGUGAUAAUGGCUUGGUUGAUAGUAUCGAAGCUUACUACCUGUGUCUCCAAAACAAGGUUAGUUUUAGCGUUUCAGGAUAUGACACUUCGCUUGAUGCUCUUGACCUUGUUAGCUGUUUGGAGAAGCACUUUCAGUCUUGUGGUUUCGUGGAGACCAUUCAGGUGCCGAGACACCCGGUCACUAAUGCAAUUACCGACAGAUGUACUACUGUGACUCUCAGCGGAGAAGGGGCAACAGAGAAGGCAUUGGCACUCAACGGAAGUGAUGUGGGAGGAUGGAUAGUUUCUGUCACCCUUUUACCACCUGAGAUUAGUGAGAUGGCUUCUGGGAUGAGUGCUCGUGAAUAUGCACUUCGUUACGUCGCCGGGACCCUGUCCAUGUAGCCGCUUCUCCCAGCUUCACUCUCAGACUCUCAGCUCAGUCAGUACUAUCUACAUUUCGUUUUUCUGUUUUCCAUUCUGCAUUGUCUAUUUUCUUUUGUCUGCAUUUUAGACAAAGCAUUUUUCCUGGUUUUUGCUGGAUUUACUAUCUUUCUAGUAGGCCUGGGCAUUCGGUGGCCCAUUCGGGUUUCGGGUCGGGUGCAAUCGGGUGUCGGGUUUUCGGUUCUCCCAUAAACAGCUCCAUUCGGAUCUUUUAAAAGUUCGGAUCGGUUUCGGUGUGGUUUUUAUCGGGUUCGGUGCGGGUUUUGCACCAUACCAAAGAACCAGUUGUACCCGAUUAACACUUCGGGUGUCGGAUCUUAAUCGGGUUUUGGGUUAAGAAACACUAAAUUGUACUAGGUUUAACACUAAUUACUUGCUAAAAAGAGCUAAGACAUUCUCUUUGUAGUCUUGUGCAUCAAGAAAGGUUCAAACGAGCUAAAUAGAAACUAAGACAUUCUCUUUGUAGUCUUGUGCAUCAAGACAUAAAUGUAUACAAGGAGUCAACUAUGAAACACAAAGUCACAAACGUAAAAACCAAACAUAUAAUUUUAUUGAAUCUAAAACCAAAUAAAAGUCAGAAUUAUUG